AUGACAACACCAUUUUCUUCUAAUCUCGUCUUCACUGUGAGAAGGCAAAAGCCGGAGCUUAUAUCGCCGGCAAAUCCUACUCCUCAUGAAGUGAAGCUUCUUUCAGACAUAGAUGACCAACAUUUCUUACGCGUCCAGUUUCAAUUAAUACACUUCUAUCAUCCUGAGCCUUCCAUGGCAGGGAAGGACCCAGUCAAAGUCAUCAGAGAAGCAUUGGCUCAGACACUUGUAUUUUACUAUCCAUUUGCAGGAAGACUCAGGGAAGGUGAAGGUUGCAAGCUUAUGGUGGAAUGUAAUGGAGAAGGUGUUAUGUUCACUGAGGCUGAUGCUGACGUCACGCUUCAACAGUUUGGAGAUGAUCUCCAAUCUCCAUUUCCAUGCUUCGAAGACCUUUUUUAA